AUGUCAGUUGGAACAGUCUUGAUCACCGGAGGUACUGGAUACAUCGGUUCAUUCACAACUUUGGCCUUACUUGAACAUGGCUAUAAAGUUGUGAUUGUUGAUAGUUUAUACAAUUCUUCAGAGGCCGCCUUGGAUCGUAUAGAAUUAUUAUGCGGCAAGCGUCCAGAUUUCUACCAAGUCGAUAUCACAGACGAGAGAGAGUUAGAAAAAGUCUUUGCUGCUCAUCCUAAGAUUGACAGUGUUAUUCACUUCGCUGCUUUGAAGGCAGUUGGAGAGUCUUCCGAAAUCCCGCUCGAAUACUAUCGCGUCAAUGUUGGUGGAACAAUCACUCUUUUACGAUGCAUGACCAGAUUCAAUGUCCCCAAUAUUGUCUUCUCUUCAUCUGCCACCGUUUACGGUGAUGCGACUCGGGUUCCAAAUAUGAUUCCUAUCCCAGAACAUUGCCCAAUCGGAGCUACAAACCCAUACGGACGUACCAAGAGCAUGAUUGAAGAUGUCAUCAUUGAUCAUAUCAAUGCGCAAAGAAAUAAUUUGAAGAAGAAGGGAGAGAAAUAUGAGCAAUGGAAUGGUGCUUUACUGAGAUAUUUCAACCCAGCUGGAGCUCACCCAAGUGGUAUUAUGGGUGAAGAUCCUCUGGGUGUUCCAUUCAACCUCUUGCCAUUGUUGGGUCAGGUUGCGACUGGAAAACGAGAGAAAUUGCUCGUGUAUGGUGAAGACUAUUCUUCUCGCGACGGUACAGCUAUUCGCGAUUACAUCCAUGUGGUCGACUUGGCAAAGGGUCAUCUCGCCGCUCUAAAUCAUCUCCGCAAUCAACAACCUGGUGUUCGUGCAUGGAAUCUGGGAUCUGGUCGUGGAUCCACCGUCUUCGAAAUGAUCAAGGCAUUUAGUGAUGUUGUAGGACGGAAGCUUCCAUAUGAAGUAGUUGACCGCCGAGCCGGUGAUGUUCUGGAUUUAACUGCCAACCCUACUCGCGCAAAUGAAGAAUUGAACUGGAAAACCGAAUUAACACUCGAGGAUGCUUGUAAGGAUUUGUGGAAAUGGGUUAGUAAUAAUCCGCAAGGAUAUCGUCAAGAUCCUCCCGAGCAAUUAUUAAAGGAACUCAAGGAGAGUUUGAAGAAGAAUACUUAA